GGGAGGUAAGCAACUCCUUCGGUGGUUCGUAUAAGAGAGACCGAGCUCCAGCGACGUUUGUCGUGAGUCUUUAAGAUCAGCUGCGAGCUGGAAGUGACCGACUUUCGUCUCUAACUUGACACGAUGAAGCUCCUCGCAAGAGCGACCUUGCUUCUAGCAGCGGUCGUAUCAGCUAUCAAGAACCCAAUACUCCCAGGAUGGAACCCCGAUCCAGCCAUCCUCCGCGUUGAAGACACCUACUACUUGGCCGUGUCCUCCUUCACCUACUACCCGGGCAUCCCAAUCUACAAGUCCACCGACCUCGCAAACUGGGACCUCGUCUCCCACGCCCUCAAAGACCCCUCUGUCCUCGCCCUCUACGGCGUCUCCGCCGGGGAGGGCGUCUGGGCCCCCUCCUUCUCCCACCACAACGGCCUCUUCUACAUCACCUCCAUGACGCGAUGGGGCUCCGACCCGGACUCCCGCUCCUGGCCGCGGAUAUGGUACAUCUCCUCCCCGGACCUCGUCACCUGGUCAUCCUUAACCUGGGCGGAGCCCUACGGCAUCGACCCGGAUCUCUUUCACGAUCCGGCCACGGGAAAAUCUUAUCUCAACCUCAUGGGACCUAAUAACAACUACGACCGACUGUGGGGUAUAACGCAGUGCGAAAUCGACCUUGCCACGGGCAAGUGCAUUGGUCCGUAUCGCAAUAUCUGGAAUGGCACGCUUCCGCAGCUGCCCAGCGCGAGGCCAGAGGGUCCCAAGAUGUUUAAGCGCGGAGAGUGGUAUUACCUCCUCCUAGCGGAAGGUGGCACGAGUACCGGCCACCGCGCAACAAUAGGCCGCUCGAAGGCACCUCAGGGGCCGUGGGAAUCCUCCCCUACGAACCCGCUCAUCUACAAUGGCGCUGAUCCGAAGCUUACGGUGCAGUCGACUGGCCAUGCGACGUUUACUGAUACGCCCGACGGAGAAUGGUACGCCUCCCUGUUGGCAAGACGAAACGUAAAGGGUGCAUCACCGCUAGGCCGCGAGGCGUUUCUGAUAAAGGUUGACUGGGAGGAUGACUGGCCGACGAUGAAUGGCGGGAAACCUCUGCUGCUGAGCGAGAGCGUCGACGGGCCUGAUCAGGAGUAUCCCAAGGCGAAAUGGGUCGACGAGUUUACGGGUACGGAGUUGGGAAUCGGAUGGUACCAGCAACGGACGCCUUACACGGAGAACUUUCUGCUCAAGGGUGCGGCGGGGGCAGGUGGUCUUGGGAAGAGAGUGAUUGCCAACGACUCGGGAAUCGUGUUUAACCCGAACGUCUUCACGCUCGGGGACCGGGAUACGGCGGCUGCUGUGCUUCACAAGCAGACCUCGUUGAACAUGACUUUCUCAGCCAGACUGUCGUCGACGUCAGCCGGACUGGGACCAAGACAGUCGGUUGGAAUCGCGUCGUAUCUGAGUGAAGUCAACCAUCAAGAUAUCGGCAUAAGAGGAUGUUGGAACACGACAGGGCUGUGUUUGUACACCGAUCUCUUACCGACUUCCACCGGACCUACCACACGACCAAACUCAACCGAGUACCCUCUCAGCGAGUCGACGAUCCCUGCAGACCUGACACUUCACAUUCGUGCCUCGCCUCUAGAAUACUCCCUAGGCUACUCGCGCAGCAACGCGACCUCGCCCACGUGGCUGAAAAGCUUCAGCUCUAAGCAGAUGGGGUCGAACCCCGGAUACCCCAACUUUGAGGGCUCCAUGUUCGCCCUCUUCGCGAGCGGGAACGGAGAACCGUGGCCAUACGAUGCCCCUGAGGUGGGCUUCGACCGCGUCGAGGAGGUAUACUUCGAGGAAGGUCUACCAGAUUAUGACGACUGGGCAUAGUACUUGGACAAAGACAACUAGGCCAACUUCAUGGUUGCUCCUUCAUUUCUGCAGCAUCAUGGGACAUCUCUACAUCCUGUUCAUAUCGUUUUUUGUCUUAUACCUGAUGAGCGAGUACUUGAACUCCUCUAUAUCCCUCAGCUCAGUCAAGGCAACAGUGCUAGUGUGGCGCAGUCGUAGUGUUCGUGAGAGAACGGAUUCCAUCUCGGGUUUCCCGCACAAGCGAAGCCAAAGUGAACUGUGUCUUCUGAUUCAUUUGCACAACGUCUGGUAGUGCUUUCCAUUUACUAUCCACGGCAUGCGUGGAUUAUGUUCAAGUAACUCUUGUCAUGGACAUGUAUCCUUUAAGCCCAACCACACUAUCAAUUGACCAGAAUCUCUUUUCCUA